AUGAAGGGCGUCCGGGCAUUGACGAUGCUGUCGCUGGCGGCUUUCGCCAGGGCCCAAUCCCCCGAGAACCUGGACGGAUGCGGACAACAAUGUUACACCGAUGCGUUGAACAGGGCGGGCUCAUUCGCCUGUGCGGCCAUGGAUUUCAACUGUCUGUGUGGUGUUCAGAAUUGGUAUUUCGAUAUGCGUGACUGCGCGAAAUCCAGCUGCCCCCCUGAGUAUGAUGUGGUCGUCACGAACGCAGUUUCGGCCAUGUGUGCGACGGCCACAUUGCCCCCUGGCGCCCCAGCGCCGACUUCUGAGACGACCACCCAAGAGCCAGCCCCGUCGACAACCGAGGCGCCAACUGAAGCACCCGCGGAAUCCACAACUUCGAACCCCGAGACCUCGACGACGUCCGAAGCCUCAGAAUCGUCGACAACAUCACCUGUAGAAUCCACAGACUCCGCCUCGUCGACGAAUGCCACACCUGUUCCGACCAAGGUCGUUACUAGCUCCGCAUCUACCUCGGCCGCCGGCGCGGCAGCAACUUCCAGUAGUUCCGAAGACGCGAGCCCGGCCGGAAUCACCGAAGCCGCUAAGAUCGGCAUUGGUAUUGGUGUCACCGCUGCUGUUCUCGCUCUCCUCGCCGUGGCGGCCUGCAUCUUUUUACGCAAGCGGCGGGCUAGACAGGCUCCCACCCAGAUGGACCGCUUCAAGAUCUCGCAGCCCAUGCCCAGCGAUGAGCACGCUUAUACGCACAACAACAACUCGGACUACGACAUUGGAUCAAGUGACUUGGAGAUGAAGAGCCGGCGGUAUGAGGACAUGCUUCCGCGGGAGGAACCACGGCAGAUGGUCUAG